GUGCGAGGAGGCACCCUCUCAUAAAUGCUUUCUCCCUCAGACGUCGCACAUAAACAAACUGCGUUACAACUUAACAUUCGCAACAUCACAGACGCGACACAGGCUGCUCCUCGUACGGGGAGCUGUUAUUCCGCACGAUACCUUAGACGAGUAGGACGCCAGCAAGAGGAAAAAGAAAACUUUUUUGCGGCCGUUUCUUGUUGCUUGCCAAUAUUAUUUUAUUAUUUUAUUUUUUUGAGAUUUCUCGAUACAAACAGGAUAUUUUUAUACUAAGUUGAUAUCACAUGUAAAGACGGAACCGCCACAGCAAACCAGUAAGUACAGAUGUGACAUGAUGGGAAUGAAUGAAUUUAUAUUGCAUCUUGUGAAGGCGCCUUCUGAGAUGAUCUCAAAACAUAAAGCGUUUCAAGUCUCACUAUGAUUUCUGUUAUCGGAACUGUAUAGGACCUUUUAAACAACUUCGCCUUUUCGAGUUUGUGGGUCACUUCGUAAGUUGCGCGUGUAACCUGUUGAUCCGCACGCUCCGCCCUGUGGCCGCUCCGCCAGGUCGGUACUUCGAUGGAGACGAAUAUCUAUUUAAUUUGCUCUAGGAAGGUAGGCUAUCAUAUUCUCUUUGGUUGUCAUGGAAAUGUGAUGCCUCUUACUCACACAAUGAAUAGUGGAGUCAGACACUCCUGGUCCGAGUCGCCGGUAGCAUAGAUUCUGCCUCGAAUGUUUGAUUUUGCUCAAUCGAGUCCGUUAGUGCUCAGUAGUGAUUCAGUAUAGGGUUCGCCUGUAGCUGUCUUGUUUUUACCAUAAACGCGCUCGUCAGGCGUGUGUUGAGAGAAGUUUAACUUCGUUUGUCUCAUGUCUUCAAAACAAAAUUACAAACUGCUUCCUAAUCCACGUGGGCCAAUGUGUCUUGUCUGCGUUCAAGUGUGCGGGACGAUGCAAGGUUACCAGGUUUGUUUUCCAAUCAGCCCGCCCGCCCUCGGCUCAGAGCGGCCACACAUGUCACCCACACUCAGCACUGGCGGACCAGGCUUCUCUCCCAUUCAUUCAACGUUUCACAUUAGUAAAUUAUUUCGACUAAAUAGUAAAUUGCGUUCGAUACCCCCCACUUCCCCACACAUUCAUCUUUUCAAAAUUGUUCCCAUAAACACAUCCACAUAUGUGGCUUUUAUUGGUGGAUCGUUUUUCUUCUUUCUUUCUUUCUCUAUUUUUUGUAUCCUGUCUUUACCAAGAUAAACUUCGCCUUCGCCAACAAACACCGAUACACCACACAGACACACACACUUCGGCUUGAGAGGGGGCUAUUUACUGUACUAGUGUGAAUUCUCUCUCUCCCCUUAUUCCCAUCACUUAUGCCUGUGUGUGCUGGGAGCCUCGCGCGGGGGUCCCGGUGCUGCACAGCCCCGCGUACUUCAGAGCCCCUCAUCGUUCUCCUGGUUACGGCCCAGUCCGCACUGGUCAGCUGGACAACUAGGCUGGUCCCAAGGAAACAUGUAUUGAACCUAAAUGCAGACACAAAUUAUGUUAACUUUAUUAAUACAUUGAUUGCAUUGGUGUGUUAAUAUGAAAUAAAUUCAGAAAGUUAUAGCCUACGAUAUUCUAAGCUCUCAUAUCCCUUUAAAAUCAAGUGCUUCAACCGUGUAGUGUCAGUUACCACCUCUCUGCCCAGCUUCAACGUCUUUGUGGAGUGCAGCUACGAGGCCAAAUCGUCCUGCCUCUACCAGAUGCCCGGUUUCAAUGUGGUGUCCUUGUGAACAAUAGUCAUACAGAAUGAUCUGGUUCAGAAGUAUGGACAAGUAUUUCCAGGCACUGUGUGUGUGUGUGUGUGUGUGUGUGUGUGUGUGUGUGUGUGUGUGUGUGUGUGUGUGUGUGUGUGUGUGUGUGUGUGUGUGUGUGUGUGUGUGUGUGUGUGUGUGUGUGUGUGUGUGUGUGUGUGUGUGUGUGUGUUUGUGCGUGUGUGUUUUAGGGGGUGGGCGGUCGGACGGGUGUGCGUGUGUGUGAGUGUGUGUGGCAGAGAGGGGGCGCUCGGAGCUCUGAAGUCCUCUGUCCACGGGCCGCUCUGCUCUCACUAUCAGAGUAGCGCGCGCUGCUACAGUUGUCUGCCGUUUUCGGGUCCGACUUAAGAUCUGGAGUUCACCUUCUCCAGCGCUGGAUGAACUCGCUGCAGCCGAACGCGACGACAAUACCAGAGCCCGGUUCGGAAGAGCGCGCGACGCCGAGCUCCGAGCACCAGCGACUAGACACCUCUCGUCUGACGUCUCACGUGCUGCCUCAUCCCGGCCGGAGCCACGCCACCCCUCCACCUCGGACCCCCAGCACCAUUCAGCGCGACGCUCUCUCACCAGACAUGCCCUGUGUGCAGGCCCAGUACGGGCCGGUGCCCCCCGGCUCAGCCUACUCUGGCCAGACGUUCGGCUACCAGGGCGACAGCUACGGCUCUGACCUUAUGACUCCCGACUACACCAAGCUGGACCUGGGCGGAGGGGGGAUCUCCGCAGCAGCCGCCACCACCUCCCUGCCCAGCUUCAACGUCUUUGUGGAGGGCAGCUACGAGCCCAAAUCGUCCUGCCUCUACCAGAUGCCCGUGCACCGGCCCACCAUCAAGAAGGAGGAGGAGAGCUACCCCACCGCCCCGCCACUGGAGGCCAUGUCCUCCUCCUCCAUGUACUUCAAACAGUCGCCCCCCUCCACCCCUACCACGCCCUCCCUGCCUCACCAGCAAGGCUCCUCCUUCCUGUGGGACGACAGCCCCCACUCGCUGGCCCCGCCAUCCCACUCCCACGCCAUGGGCUCCAGCCUAGACUCGGCCAAUAUCAAAUCCCCCCGCUUCCCCCACUACUACCAGCACUCGCCGCCCCACAGCGGCGGAGGCUACGAGAACCUUGGUGGAGUGGGGCUAGUCCGCACUUCGUCCUCCUCGUCCUCCUCGUCCUCCUCGGUGCCCCACUCCCACGGGCCGGCUCUGGAGCAGCACAUGUACCAGCUGCACCGCGGCGGCGGCGGCGGCGGCGGGGGCGGCCUGGCCUUCCGCUCCCUGGCCCUGGGGCCCUGUGCUCCCCUGCUUGGGGACAGCCUGCCCUCGCCCCCCUCUCGGGGCCCGACAGGGGAGGGCACCUGCGCAGUGUGCGGAGACAACGCCGCCUGCCAGCACUACGGCGUGCGCACCUGCGAGGGCUGCAAGGGCUUCUUCAAGCGAACAGUCCAGAAAAAUGCCAAGUAUGUCUGUCUGGCCAGUAAGAACUGUCCGGUGGACAAGAGGAGACGCAACCGCUGCCAGUAUUGUCGCUUCCAGAAGUGCCUGAGUGUUGGCAUGGUCAAGGAAGUGGUACGCACAGACAGCCUGAAGGGUCGUCGAGGCCGCCUGCCUUCCAAACCAAAGAGCCCCCUGCAGUCGGAAGCCUCUCCCCCCUCCCCGCCCCUCAGUCUGCUCUCCGCCCUGCUGCGGGCCUACUCCCAUUGCACGCCCCGGGACCUGGACUACAGCCAGUUCAGCGCGGCGGACCCCCCCACGUCCUCCUCCGACGCCCAGCAGAUCCAGCUCUUCUAUAGGCUGCUCACCAUCUCCAUGGAAACCACGCGGUGCUGGGCCGAGCGGCUGCCCGGGUUCUCCGAGCUCCACCGCGAAGACCAGAACUUGCUCAUAGACUCCGCCUUCCUGGAGCUCUUCGUCUUGCGGUUGGCUUACAGGUCAAUGCUUUCAGAAGACAAGCUGGUGUUCUGCAAUGGAUUGGUGCUGCACAGGUUCCAGUGCCUUCGUGGCUUCGGAGAGUGGCUGGACUCCAUCAGGGACUUCUCCUCCCACCUGCAGAACCUAAACCUGGACGCCUCCGCCUUCUCCUGCCUCGCCACCCUGGUGCUGCUCACAGAGCAAGUCCCCGGUCUGAAGGAGCCCAAGAGGGUGGAGGAGCUACAGAAUAAAGUGAUCUGUUGUCUAAGGGACCACCUGGGUUUCGGCACUUCCUCCUCCUCCUCCUCCUCCUCCUCAUCCUCCUCCUCGAAGGCGGCCCCUGCGCUGAACCGUGUCCUGGGCCUGAGGACGGAGCUGCGGUCACAGAGGACCCAGGGCCUCCAGAGGAUCUUCUACCUGAAGCUGGAGGACCUGGUGCCCCCGCCGCCUCUCGUCGACAAGUUCCUGGACACUCUGCCGUACUGAUGCGGACUGCGCUUGCGCCCCCCAUGGCGUGCCCACAGUCCCUGUUUAAGCUCCAGCAGCCCCCCUCCAGCCGUCCCCCGCCACCCAGGAGCACGCUACCCACACGUCCCCAAAGAGAGAAACAGAACCACGACUCACGCGCUCACUCCCCCUCCGCUUAUAUGCAGAGCAGAGAGUGAGCCGAUGGAAAAGAAACGUUCUCACCCAAAAAGGCACUCGAGGGAACUCUCAGUAGGCUGCUUUCUGCGCGGUGUCUGAGGCGAUUCAUACAACGCCUUACCACUUGUUUAUCUCCCCCCACUCUGUUUAAAACCCUCCUGUGUGGACUGCGAGGACGGAUGGGGGGGUUGGCUGGGAUAAUAGGACAUUCUAUGCCCCCUCCCCCCCUUCUCUUCAUGUGGGUCGCUGCUCCACUGAAUUUAGGACCACUGAUCAGAGUGUUCCUGCCUAGCGUGCCCAGGCUACAGCUCCUUCUGGAGGGACGCUUGUCACUUUGACAAAUAGCUAAGGCUGAGUAAGUGUAAGAAUGUUGUUAUUGUUUUGUUUUUUAUCUGCCCAUGUCCCAGGGACAGUGUGACUUGUGUUCCUCCUUUGAAAAAGUGAGGUUACUGCAAUUCAUCAUCCGAUGCUCUACGGUGAAAGUAACGUGUUGAGUCAGAGGACACAGAUAACUCACACGAAACACGCACACACGCACACACACACACACACACACACACACACACACACACACACGCACACACGCACACGCGCACACGCACACACGCACACGCACACACACACACACACACACACACACACACACACACACACACACACACAGGUGGCUGUCAAAUUUGGCUCUUAUAUCUAAGUG